AUGUCCCAGUCCUCGCUACCGAUGGACAGAGAGCGACAACAUCACUUUCGAAGCUCAACCGAAGCGUCAUGUGGUGAGCUGGUGCGCCAGUACCUGACCGAGACGGACGAGCAAGAAGCACUCGUCGUUCUGCGCGAGCAUUUCUGGCACGACCAACGCAUCACCUCGGACGAUGUCCGCGUUGUCGUGCGUGCGGUCGCCAGCCACAAGGGCGCAAUUAGCUUUCCACCCGACUUUCCGCCCACGCGCUGGAUCCUUGCGUUCAAGCGCGCGCACGGCUUCGCACAUGCCGACGAUGUCUUCGCAUUCGGGCUGCCCGAGCGGGCCCACGUGGGGAGUCGCACCCACAGCAGCGCCGUGCGUGCAACAAGUAGCAUCCAGAUGAGUGAUGGUAGUAGCGAUGACGAGAAAGGUGGGGGCAAACAGCCGUUGAGACGCUCCGCCGCUGCGCGUGAGUCUGAAACCUUGGCGCAGUGCAGCAUGCGGACAAUGUGCGACAGCGACCCGCAGAUACAGCAUACUCGUCGACAGCAACAGCAGCAGCAGCACCGCUCCUUGGUUGUGGACAACUACCGUGCAGGACAUGGUUCCAGGCAUAAAUGGAGCAACGAAGAGAUCAGCUUCAACGCCAGCAGUGGUAGCGGCGACAGCGAGAAUGACACGACGACUGGGACUAGCAGCAGCUCGAGUGUCAGUGCAGCACCUUCUACUGGUAGCGCGGACAACAAUAGAGAUGGCGGUGUUUCCCCCCAAUACUUUGAUCCGACCUCCAGCGCGAAACGUGGCUACAAGCUGAGCCACACAGUGUCACCGGAGACAUGGGAUAGAGCAAUCGCGGCUGUGGAACAGCAGGGGAUGAGUCUGCGCGCCGCUGCCAGAACUUACGGUGUGCAUUUUGCAGCUCUCCAUCGCCGCGUGAAGAAGCGUGCGCAGGGAGGACAUUCGUCCAAGGGCACCAAUGGUUACUUUCAUCAGAGCGAUGAGGCCGGAAUCAUGCGCGUGGUGGUGGCCCGCGCGGAGCUGGGCGUGUUGAUGACGUUCGAUGAGCUUAUGAAACUGGUCGAGGUGGCUGCGUUGCGCAAACUUCCGGACAUCUCGGUGGCUAAUGCGCGCGAGCUGAUGGUACGCUUUCAGUCACGCAAUGAGCAGUCGGUUCGGCAUAUUAUCGUGGACUGGCCGCCAUCGGUGCCCACGACGUCAUUGGGCCCAGUUGCCAGCCACCAUCAUCUGGAGCACCCAGGCUAUGAUUACAGAUCCAAGUCCUCACCGCCAUCGACGAGCCGCAAAUGCUCGCGGCAUACUGUUGUGGGUGGCUCGGCAACGGAAGUAACUGUGCCCGCGGCGCCUUUGCACCUUUUGCUGCCUUCCUCCUCCAUUAACGGCAGCACCUCUUCCAUCAUCUCAUCCGUCAAUGGCAACCAAUCCAUGCUGCCGAGUUUGAGUGUCGGCAUGCAAUAUAUGCGGCCCCUGCUCAGCAGCAGCAACAGCAAUCUCAGCGCAUAUUCUGUAGCCGAAUAG